GCUCGGGAUUUAUCACAAGUGUGGAAACUCGUGAUAAUUUUUGUCAUUUGUAUGUGGCCUGUGACGUCGUGAAAGUGAACCAUUUCAAUGUUCAUAUAAAGUUCAAUAUUUAUUCAUUGGAUCGUCGUUUUUUGCAAUGGGAAUAUUAUAUAAAAUAUAAAUAAUCGAAUCGGAUCUUUAGUUUUCCUCUCAUUUCGAGAAACAAGCCGUUAAAUUUUCCAAACUUUUUAAUCGAGCGCAAACCCCGAAAAGUCGCGACGAUGAGCACGUUCCCCUCGUUAGGUCCUCCGACAGUGACAGUUUCAGAAGAAAUGGAAAGUAGAACGCAACAAAAUUAUGUUUGAUUUUAUCGUUGGAGGGGAAGGAAAUUCACGUACAUACUCAUCGAGGAACUAUCAUCGUUUAUGAGUCACGAAUUUAUUGCCACAGGUCUACAGAAAGUGUACACUCAACGAAGUCACAUCGACCCUCGAAGGGAUCCCUAUUGUCGAGCGACUCAAUUGUGGCUAGUCAAAUUAAGCCGCGCAUUCACUUCUGACAAUGAAAAUUAGUGCGACGAGACGAGUCAUUUCGCCUCGUGCCCUUUUGACGUACGACCGAAAAAGUCGAAAAUUGGGUCAAAAAACUUCUCAAUCGAUUAUUAAAAUCUGAAUUUCGAUUGAAUGUUAUUCGCAAGCAAAAACGAGUGUUGAAAAUCAUGACUGAUAAUUGGAGGUUAUUCGAAUUUUGGUUUCCAAGGAAGAUGAAACUAUAGACACGUCAAAUUCAUUUGCCAAAAAUUAAGGAAAAAAACCAAGUUUUGGAAAUUCUUGAUAAAAAGUUCGUGAAAAAAUUCUCGGAAUUCAGAGCCAAUCGAACGUUUCCUGGAGUCAUGCGUCGUUACCGGGAAUAGCGCGCCGUUACGACGAAUCCAAGAACUAGGGAGAUCGAUUUCGAGGAUUUUCGCGUAGUUGAACGUUGGCUCCGCUUCCGGAGAGGUACGAAUCGCGGAAAAAAUGGAUUUCAACAUGAAAAGGCUUGUAAAAGGAGCUGAAGUUGCGCUCCACAGAGUCCGACAGCUGACUGAAGAAACACUUGGAACGUCUGAAAAGACAGAGCUUGACGCCCAUUUUGAGCACCUUGCCGAGAGGGCAAACAUGACUAAAACGUGGACAGAAAAAAUCCUGCGAAAUAUGGAGGCUGUUCUUACUCCAAAUCCUGGCAAUAGAAUUGAAGACUUUUUCUAUGAGAAAAUUGACAAGAAGAAGCCCAACAGAUUGAGCAACUUGGAGUACGUUGGAAUCGACAUGAUCGAAGCUGGAAACGAAUUUGGUCCUGGCAUUCCAUAUGGCAGCGCUCUCAUAAAGGUUGGCCAGUGUCAGCAGAAGCUUGGCCAAAUUGAGCGGGACUUUAUUGGUACAGCCGCAAACUGCUACAUUCAACCUUUAAGAAAGUUUCUCGAUGGGGAAAUGAAGACUAUAAGCAAGGAGAUGGCUAUUUUGGAGACAAAAAGAUUGGACUUGGAUGCGUCAAAGAAUCGGGUGAGAAAAGCCCGAAGUAUGCUCGGUCAGCAGAACGAUUCUGGGGUGUCGCCAGAAGUAUUGCUCGAUCAGGCAGAACGCGAGCUGAGGGUGGCACAAUCCGAAUUUGACAGACAAUCGGAAAUAACGAAAUUAUUACUGGAAGGAGUUUCGAGCUCGCAGGCCGGACAUCUUCGAUGUCUACACGAAUUCGCGGAGGCUCAAGCGCGACACUAUGCCCAGUGCCACGCUACGAUGCAGGAGCUCCAACGCGAGCUUGCAGGUUUGAUCGGAGGUUCGUUCCAUCCGACGAGUCAAUCGGGAACGUCGACAACGAACUCGGUAGCCGGAAAUCAACAACACGGCGAUGCAGUGAUGGAAAAUGGACAGGAAAAGGCUCGGGUAGUGUGCGAUUACGACGCGAGAGAUCCGUCGGAACUCAGUUUAAUGCAAGACGAGGUAAUUUGCGUAUCCGAAAUACCUGGCGAUGAGGAUUACCUCUUGGGUAUCAGGGGCAGUCAGCGAGGCAAAGUUCCAAAAGCAUUUCUGGAAAAUCUCAUUCAACAUUAAGAUGAAUUUUCAAAUACUUUUCCAUUCUUAUUCGAACACUCCUUAUCUCGAUGACUAAUACUCACUAAAAAUUAGUACUCAAGGAUUAUUCGGUCGGGGUUUAUCUUCUAAUGUUCCAUGCGUCAAUAUAAAAAAUCCGAGUAUUACAUUCGAUUAGAAAAAGCGAAAUUUCGGUGCAUUUCUGUCUCUCUAAAUGAAUAAUUAUGAUAGUAAUGGAGAUUCAAUUCCCAAUGUUUAAAAUAAAUUGUGCAAUUUUCUGAAUCUCUAGAAAAAGUAGAGCUAAACUCUCUUAAAAAAAUAAUUGAAUAUGUUCGUUUGAAUAUCUCGCAAUAUCGAAUGGCUAGCGAGAAACGUUGCAAUAUAUCGACAGUUUUAUACGUCGUUUUUCGUCAUUGUUACUAUAAUCAUUUACUUCGAACAGGAUUAAAAUGAGAAUGAAAAGAUAAAUAUGUUCAAAGUUACGAAUGUUGUGUGUCACGAAAUUGUUAAUGUAUCAUCAUGUAAAUAUAAUAGAGACGCCUCUCUGAUAGAAUAUAUUAAAAAUACUUGAAAUAUA